UCUCAACCGCGCAGACUGGCACAAGGUACCGCAUUCAGCUAGCAUGGAGAUCCCACGGAAUGCAAAGACGAAUGAUGCGCGCACUGCAGCGGGGCAUACUAUAAUACAGUGGGACAGAUUCUACGUAAGAAAUACCCUUAUGCAAAGUCACGAUAGUAACAUAACUUUGUUGAAGAGUUUUACACGGGAGGUAGCAAGGGAUCAUGUGCAACGUUAUCCUGAUAUUCAGUGGAAGGAUAUAGAUUCCCGAGUCAAAAGCGAGAUGAUGGCCCGUGUAAAUCAGUUGCUUGCUAGGGAAGACAUUCCCCAAGUUACUGAGACCGUCUUUUUGUGGCGCAUGAGGAAGGCGAUUCGGGAUGCCAAAGAGCAAGCUAGGACAGCUCAGAACCGAACGCUUCCACAGAAUACGAGUGCCGAGCAGUCCCGCCCUCGCCCGUUCGACCCUGUUCGAGACCAAUAAUAACCACGCGCGUACGAGCACUCCAAUAGGAGUUUGAGAGAAGCAGAAGCCUUGGAGAAGUUUGCAGGAAUUUGCGCAAACUUGCGGAAAUUUGCCCAAAUCUGCAGAAAUCUGCACAUAUUCGCAGAAAUUUGCACAUAUUCGCAGCAGUACGCGUUUGAGACAAGUUUGCGUAACUCCGGGCGGUGUGACAGGUAACCUGCAUGGUUUCCGUCAUGUGCUGGCCAUCCUGAUGGCUUGCAUACUAUUAUUAGUUGGAAUAUUAGCUCGCCCU